CCCGGUCUUUAAAAGCGGCAUGUGUCGCCUCAACUUGGUUCUCCAAAUCUCGCUCCUGUAGGAAAUUUACGCAGCGAGAAGGACACGUCGGAGCGCAGAACAUCUCCCAGCAACAACUCCGAGGCGAGACCCGCAGCUCCACGCGAGGCCUGCUCACUUACCGAGUGGAGAAAUAUUUGCAGAAGUUUUUUUCUUUUUUUUUUUCUUUGACUUGACCGGCUCGUGGCCGGUUUCCACUCGCGUUUAGACUCGCUGGAGACGGUCCGGUCUCUUGACAGGGGACACCAAAAAGAAGAAGAAGAAGAAGAAGAAGAAAAAAGGUCCCGCACUGUGUGCACGCCUCCCUACCAACGACAACCGGUCUGCUGUGGCUGUUUUGGGGGUUGUUGUUUUUUUUCUUCUUCCAGAAAUUAAAAACCAAAACAAAGUAUAAGUAAGCCGUGAGAUGACCCUUUCUGGAGGCAGCGAAAGAGCCAGCGACAUGUCCGGCCAAACGGUGCUCACGGCGGAGGACGUGGACAUCGACGUUGUGGGAGAGGGCGACGAGGAGGGCAUGGAGAGGGCGGACAGCGACUGCGACAGCCCGGUGGGAGGCAUCCUGCGCGACCUCCGGGGAGACGCGGGCGACGAGGAGGCGGACGAUGACAUCGAGGUGGAGAAGGAGGAGACGGGGUCCGGUGGCGGGAGUCCGUGCUGCGAGAGCUCCGGGGAGGGAGAGACGGGCACCGGGAAGGGGGACGGUCAAGACCAGAGCGCCACGGGAGGCGGGAUCCAGAAGCCCAAAAACAGCCUGGUGAAGCCGCCUUACUCCUACAUCGCGCUCAUUACCAUGUCCAUCCUGCAGAGCCCGCAGAAAAAGCUCACCCUCAGCGGGAUCUGCGAGUUCAUCAGCAGCCGCUUCCCGUACUACCGGGAGAAGUUCCCGGCGUGGCAGAACUCCAUCCGCCACAACUUGUCCCUCAACGACUGCUUCGUGAAGAUCCCCCGGGAACCCGGGAACCCCGGCAAGGGCAACUACUGGACCCUGGACCCGGCAUCGGAGGACAUGUUCGACAACGGCAGCUUCCUCCGGAGGAGGAAACGGUUCAAGAGGGUCCAGCCGGACAUGCUCAGGGACCAGACUGCCCUCAUGAUGCAAAGUUUCGGCGCGUACAGCCUCGGGGGCCCCUACGGGAGGCACUACGGGAUCCACCCGGCCGCUUAUUCCCACCCGGCGGCUUUGCCGUACCCUUACAUCCCCCCCGUGGGACACAUGCUGCCCCCGGGGGUCCCUCUCCUGUCCUCGGCGGAGCUGAACAGGAAAGCGUUCAACUCGCAGCUCAGUCCGAGCCUCCAGCUGCAGCUCAGCAGCCUGAGCACGUCGAUGAUCAAAUCCGAGCCCUCGAACAGGCCCUCGUUCAGCAUAGAGAACAUCAUCGGGGUGUCCAGCGCCUCGUCGGUCUCACCGGGGGCUGCUUUCCUGCGGCCUCCGGUGACCGUUCAGUCGGCCCUGCUGAGCGCCCAGUCGCUGUCCCUGACCCGGACCUCGGCGGCUAUCGCCCCGAUGCUCAGUGUGCCGUCAAGUAUGAUUUCUGGGCACGUUUUACCGUCGGCGGCGGCGGCGGCUGUGUCCAAAUGGUCGUCACAUUGACUUUAUACCGCGAGAAAAUGAACUGUUAUUUUUAUAUAGAGACGUUAUUAUUAUGGGGGGGCGGGGAGGGGAGAAGCACAAAUCAAUAGGCAACACUGGACUCUGUAGCCAUGUAAAGACACAGAGAAAAAAGAAAAAGGAGAUAUUUCUGUACAGGUAAUAUUUGUAAAUAUUUGUAAAAAAAAAAAACACGAAAAAAUUUUACCUGUCUUUUCUUCUCCUUUGGUUCCGAUUCGGGAUCUGUGAUCAUUAUUUUACAUUUUCUUUUUUCUAUUGGAAGUUCAACUGGACACGUUUUUGCUUCUUUUUCAUAUGAGACAAAAAAGCUCUGAAAAGUAGUCUGUUUAUAAUAACAAAAAUGAUCAAAUAUAUGUAAUCUAUGUAGCUAUAUUGUGUUGUAAACUGAAUUUAUUUGUAAAUAAAUCUAAGAAAGAAUUAAA